GUGGUCAUCCACCUUGCGUAGGUGUAUGUCGGUUCAGUUCUAUUCUCUCUCUCUCUCUCACUCUCUCUCUCUCUCUCUCUCUCUACACUCUUCUUCACUCUCCUCCUGCUUUUUUCAAAAAAAAAAAACUGAUCUUUCUGUUUCCCGAAGAGACGCGAUCAAUCUCAAACCCUAGCGGUUCUGAUCAUAGGAAGUGGAGAAAUGCUAGAUCACUGCGCGAAGGAUUCGGAGAGAAGAAGAGGUGGUGAGGAUGUGAUCGAACAGAACAAGGCUUGUUGUAACGACAAGAAGACUUGCGCCGAUUGUGGUACAAGCAAAACUCCUCUCUGGCGUGGCGGUCCCGCCGGUCCAAAGUCGCUUUGUAACGCGUGUGGGAUCAGAAACAGGAAGAAAAGACGAGGAGGAGGGGAAGACAAAAAGCAGCCGAAGAAACAAAGAAACCCUAAAUUUGGUGAAUCGAUGAAACAGAGGAUGAUGGAUUUGGGGAUGACGAAGCGAUCAUCAUCGACGGUGGAGAAGCAGCUACGUAAGCUAGGGGAGGAAGAGCAAGCGGCGGUGCUUCUCAUGGCUCUCUCUUAUGGAUCAGUGUACGCUUAGGUGGUUUUGAGAGCAGUUAUGAUUGAUGAUAACUAACAAACGAAUCUUGUAAUCUUUCUUCUCUUUCUUCUUUUUGUCUGAGAUUGUUUGGCUUUCUGUUCUUUCAAAUUCUAGUGUGAUCUGGAAAUUUUUUUAUAAAAAAGUUUUGGAGUUUGUAAGAAGCCGAGUGAAGGGGAAAAAAGAUUAGUGGUAGUUAUUAGUUUUGUGGAGUAUCUUAUGUUAUUAGUAUUAUUUUAAAUUA